UAAUAUACAAAAAAAUGUGCUGAUGCGGGUAUGAGUAAGUUAGCCUUACAGUUUAACCCCAGGGGGUCAAGGCGGAGGCUUUCACGAGUACAGCCGAGAAAAGCCGAGUGGAGCCGAUCGCAGCCGAGACCAACCCAGCCCAGCCCUCUGUCUGUCACAUCACUGCUAAGUGCUAACACAGCUUGAGCUAGCAAGGGGGCAACUUAGCCAUGAGCUAAAAUAUCUCCCUUGUCGUGUAUCCAAACUUCCCUUCAACGCGGCACCGACGUGAAGAAUUUCGCAGAAAGCGGGAUUACAAUUUAAGCCGUUGCUGCUGCACCUGGAAUUUCAUUUACACGUCCUUCAUUUCAAAAUCCUGACUUUUUCCCCGGAGCCAUGGCAGCUGCUAAACCCAAAGGGCAGAACUCCUUAGCCCUUCACAAAGUGAUCAUGGUGGGCAGCGGAGGUGUGGGCAAGUCAGCCCUCACGCUGCAGUUCAUGUACGACGAGUUUGUGGAAGACUACGAGCCCACCAAGGCUGACAGCUACAGGAAGAAGGUGGUGCUGGACGGCGAGGAGGUACAGAUCGACAUCCUCGACACGGCCGGACAGGAGGACUACGCCGCAAUCAGGGACAACUACUUCCGCAGCGGCGAGGGUUUCCUCUGCGUCUUUUCCAUCACGGAGUUGGAAUCUUUUGCGGCGACAGUAGACUUCAGAGAGCAGAUCCUACGUGUGAAGGAGGACGAGAACGUCCCUUUCCUCCUGGUCGGCAACAAGUCUGACUUGGACGACCGGCGGCAGGUGAGCGCCGACGAGGCCAAGGCCCGUGCCGAGCAGUGGGGGGUGUGCUACGUGGAGACUUCAGCCAAAACCCGAGCCAACGUGGACAAGGUGUUCUUUGACCUGAUGAGGGAGAUCCGGGCGAGGAAAAUGGAGGACAGCAAAGAGAAGAACGGGAAGAAGAAAAGCAAAAGUUUGGCCAAGAGAAUCCGGGAGAGAUGUUGUAUUUUAUAGUGGUAAAAGAAAAUCUAGCAAAAAGCCAGAGAGCUGCUUUUCUGUACAUAUAUACAUUUCUCCCAUUUUUGAUUUCAUGCUCGCAACCUGAAUCUUGCUUUUUAACCAGAUUUCAUGACUGCAUGUCAGGGAGUAGUGAGGUCCAUUUACGCCAUUUCUAGAUCUUUUUCAUGUGCUGACACUCCAAAUGAUUCCGCCGAGUGUUUUGAAAUGAAACUAACAAGACGUCAGUGUGUCUCGGUAGGUUCAUGGAGAAACAUGCGUCCAAAAGUCACUACUGGACUUUUCAUUGAUAUUAAUAUACUACAUAAUUCAACACUUUUAAUUGCAUUACAUUUAUGGAGUCUUGCUGUGACUCACAAUGCAAUACGUCCAAAAACUUAAACAUCUUACAGCAGGGAAGGGAUUCAUAUGGCCCGUUUCUGAGUAGAUCUUGUGUGAGAGGAAGGUGGGUGGGUUAAUCAUUUUGCAAUGCAGUAUACCGAAAAUGAUGGAAAGCGCCACUCCACAUAGCAACUAACGCUGUGGUCAAAGUAGGAAUUGCCACAAAACACAUUUUAAAAUAUUCAACACUCUACUGCCGGCUGGUGGCUUAAAGUGGAUAGUGCACCCCCUCAAUUCGUCACGUUUCAUGUCAGGUAAACCGCAACGAAUGGGGCCAUAUGAAUACCCUCCAUACUUUAUUUCAAAAAGUCCUCCCCCCUCCUGAAUCCACUCAAAGGCACAAAUGUAGAGCAAGACCCUCAAAUCUCUUUUUUCCCCUCCAGUUGUGGUUCUAACAUUUCAUCAGUUUCGAACGUCGCCUAGAUGGUUACUGUCUAUCUCUGCCUUUUUAAUUUAUUUGUUGUUAUUCUAUGAAGUAAUUUCUGGUGCUCAAAUACAAAGCCAGUGGUGUAACACUACAUUGGCACCUUCAAGUCAACACAUAGAAGUGUAAACAUGCCAGUUUUUACGUUGUUUGUUGUUGUGGAUAUUUCUCUUUGCUGUGUCUCCUAAUUUGGCGCACAUCAAAACACUACUGCGUGGAGGGACUUUAGGUCACUUAUUUAAAGAUUUAAAAAAAGGAAUGCCAGAUAGAAAUAUGUUGAUUCAGUCACCAAAGAAAACUGCUAGCUACUAUAAAAACAAGUGCCCACUUUUCAAUUGAAGUGAACAACGAAUCUGGCGAAAGACGGAGGAGGGCUCCUUCGUCUUCUUUUAUGUCAUGUACAGUGCACGCCGCUGCCUACCUGUCCGUGUUGAAUGUGAACCAUCCCAUCUCGCUAUCACGUUUGCCCGGAGGCUGCCAAACGUGCUUUCUACUAAGUCGACCUUUUGACCCCGAAUGCCACAAUAACAUCUGAAUGGCACCUACUCUGUAAGCCAACAAUGACGACUUCCUUCCAACAUGUCAGUUUUAGCGACCAACACACACUGUGCCCCUUCAUUCCCUUCCUUCGCUAAUGACUGAGCCGCAUUUAAUCAUACGUUAAGGCCACUAAUAUAAUAAGAUACACAGUAAUGGACUCUAUGCAACAAAACAGAUCCUUGUUUUCAUUUCAAACCCCCAAUUUUUAUUUGAAAUUCGGCGUUGACUGCGAGCUUUAUGUCUACAUGUACAGUCACUAAUGCAAAGAAUACUUGUGGUAUUUGCUAUUUAUUGACAAAGAAAAAGCACACAGUGGUGAGAGCGGUGAUGAGAUAUGACAUUUUGGAGGCGAAACUAAAAUAUUUUGAAUGUUGUUUUUUUUAUUUUAUUUAAGGGCUAAUCUCUAGCACAAGAUGCCACGAUUGGUCCUCCAUCUUUAUAAAGUGCUGUGUGCUCUCAUUGCUAAAGCUCGUAAAAACAGUGAUCGCCAUAGUGCUUGCUGACAUUGGCUUGACUAUGUGUUCAGUUCUUUCCAUCGUUGAGCAAAUUCCCCUGCUGGGAAUUCAAAAGAGGAAAUUGCCUUUUUAUAUUAAUACCCUAAAAAAAUAGAAGUAUCUAUACUGUAUAUGUCUGUGUGGUUGUUUGGAUGGUUGGCCAUCAUUUGUAAACGCUACCCUCUUUUUUUUGUUUUUUUACAUAACCACUAAUGUAGCCUACCUGUCUGAGUGCAAGAGGUGUUGACGCUUACAUUUCAAUUGUGUGUAUGUGUGUGUGCGUGUGUGAAAUGGCAAAUAAAGGUGAUAUUACUAAUGGUAA